GAAGCUCUACCGCCCCUCCAUGGCUGGCAUUGCUCACUGCACUCAGCCAGUGAAAUUGUUUCACGGUCACCGUGGUAACCAACUGAUAUCGCCGACGCUUCUCUCUCAAGUACGUUCGCUGAAGUGGCAGACAGAUGCGAGCAGAAUCGUGUGGGGUAAUAUAGUUUAGCAAAAUGGACACGUCGAUUAUUUUUCCUGUCGAAGCAGAGGGGUUUAUUCAAGGUCUGCAAACUUUCUCCCUCAAAGAGGUGGGCUCUGAGAGAUGGUUCAGGCAACAUGAGUAUAUUGAGAAACUCAACAUGCAAGCAAUAAUGAAUGCUUCGGCCAUGCGUGAUGAGUUUGUCAAAGAGCUCCUGGUGUCAUUCGGGAAGGUACCUGUCCUCGUCCAUGAGAUGAUCCUUGUGGAGAUAUGGAAGCAGAAAGUGUUUCCCAUCUUAUGUCAGCUGCGGGACUUCAGUCCUAAGAACACAUUUCAUCUUUAUAUGGUGAUCCACCAUGAAGCUACAAUCAUAAAUCUGCUUGAGACAAUAAUGUUCCAUAAGGAUUCAUGUGAGGCAGCUGUUGACGCUCUUCUUGACUUAGUGGAUUACUGCCACCGUAAACUCACCCUGCUAGCUAGUAAAGCGACCAAGGAAUGUGGUUCCACUUAUGAUCAACAUAAGGUGAAAUCCUCUAUAGAGGAGCUGCAGAAGCAGAGUGCUGCUCUGGAAUUUGAAAUCUCCCUGAAAGCUGUUUCUGUGCUGCGCUACAUCACGGAUCAUACUGACAGUAUCAGUGUCAUUAAUAGUAUGCUGUGCACACACAACACGCCCUGUGUACUGGUUCAACUGAUAGACUCCAGCCCCUGGAGUCGCUGCAGACAAGGUGAGGUACAAAAGUACAUUAAUGGCAAAUGGCAGAAGAUUCCUGUUGAAGACCAUUUAAUGAUGACUAAACUGGAUGGUCAAGUCUGGCUUUCCCUUUACAACCUGUUACUAAAGGAAGACUGCCAACAAAAAUAUGACUUCAACAGUUUCAACAAGAAUCAGCUUCUUAAGCUCAGGGGGUUUUUGACAGAAGUGCUGAUUGAUCAGUUACCAAACUUGGUGGAACUUCAGCGUUUCCUGGCUCAUCUAGCUGUAACAGAUCCACCCCCUCCAAAAAAAGUGCUAAUCUUGGAACAGAUCCCAGAAAUAUGGAACAACAUUGUCAAAGAAAAUUCUGGGAAGUGGAAGGCAAUUGCUAAGUACCAAGUCAAAGAAACGUUCAACCCCUCUGAAAGUGACUUGAGACAACAGGCCAAGAGGCUGGCCCAGACAUACAACCUGGAUGUGAUGGAUCGUUUACUUCCUGAGAAACCAAAGUGUGGAUCCUGUGGUAAAGAGGCUUCAAAGAGAUGCUCUAGAUGUCAGGGAGAGUGGUACUGUCACAGAGAAUGUCAGGUGAAACACUGGCCUAAACACAAGAAAGUCUGCCAGCUCAUGGCUGAGACUACCGAGACGAUCCAGAGGGACCUGCAUAUAAUUGACUGAGAGGAAGACCGAGCAUGAGGCUGAUCGGAGAGAUAAAAAUCCAGAGGCAUUAGAAAAUGUCUAUGCUUUUGUAUGACGCAGAAACAUUUGUAAUGAACUUUCCUCUUUCUUUUAAUGCAUUUUUGAACCAUUAUAAGAUUUUCGUUUUGCUUCAAACAUACUAUGAUAGAGUUAUAAGCAUAUUUGUUUAAUGUUUUCCUCUUUUUUCACCCCAGUAACAGAGGAAGGAAGUUUUUUUUUCCAUUUAUUUUAAGAGAUUUAAGAGAUUUUAUACUUUGAUGUUGUAGUGCAGUCUAGAGA